AUGCGGGUUUACAAUGUAGACCAUAUAACCAACCGGACUCAACGAAAUGACCUAGAUCAUUGUGUACCCCUAAAGGCUUAUGGUGAUUGCGAUGUCAAUGGCGGGCUAUUGGGUGGUCUAGAUGCUUUGAUAAAAGCUAAUAUUGCAACCGAUUCGGCCCAGAUUAUUUUAGUAACUGGUGGUCAGAAUAAUGUCGGUGACAAUAAUUAUGCCGAACGUGUAUUGUUGACAUGCGUGGGAAUUGGCCUAGACCACUGUGAGCGGCUAGACUACCUAGCUACUGCCACCGGUGGGCACACAUAUUACGUACCAGCCAUAGAUACCGAUGCUUUAAUAGCUGUACACAAUGUAUUUGAAGCAAUACUAGACGAUAUGCUCCGGGAUGUGACCACUGGUCAACUUGCCUGUGUUUCCAGUCGUAUUCAACCCUAUACUGUAAUCACGGUUAUUGACAAAGUGAUCAUGGUGGACAAUGACCAAUCAACAAGGAUUGUCUUGUUCUUUAUUGACUCAGAUAUAGCCCCCUAUACCUUACGGUUUAGGAUUAGCGGCCAAUACAUAAACUCUUUAUCAGUACAAAUAAAGUCGCCUUCAGAUAUAACCUACGAUACAAACAAUCUGGAUUUAGAUGCUGGUGAGCAUGGUGAAUGGAAUAUAAGUGAUGCCAAUACUACGGGUGCUAUUGAGUUGAAUGUAGGGACAAUAGUUCCCGAUUCCGGUGAUUGCCAGCCCAUUAUUGUGGCCCGACUGCAUCGAUCGGGUGCUCCAAUAAUCGGCGCACGACUCACAGCCAGUGUUGUGCCG